GGGCGGAUCAGCCUGACCCUCUUCUUGGCCAGAGGCUGCCCCGGGCCACAGCCGCAUCCGCCCGCCUCGUUCCGCACCCGGGGCUGGGGUCCUCUCUGGAUGGAGGAUGGGGGCGGCUGCUCCCGGAGCAGAGCCCCGGCCUGCGGAGGACCGGGAGCAGAGGAGGCGGGGACCUCGGCUCAGUCCUGCCGCCGGCUCAGCAGACUCUCGCAUUACCUCUACCUGGUGGGCUUCCUGGAUUUUUUUGGUGUAAGCAUGGUAGUUCCUUUGUUAAGUGUUCAUAUCAAAUCCCUUGGAGCAAGCCCAACUACCGCAGGAGUAGUAGGGUCCCUCUAUGGUGUUCUACAGCUCUUUUCUAGCGCAGUAGUGGGCUACUGGAGUGAUGUAGUGGGAAGACAGUAUUCGUUACUUGUGUGUAUUCUGCUCAGUGCUCUAGGUUAUUUCCUCCUGGGCAUAUCCACCAGUCUCCUGUUAGUUGCCAUCGCUAGAAUUCCUGUUGGUAUAUUCAAGCACACGCUCUCAAUCUCAAGAGCUCUUCUUUCGGAUCUGGUUUUAGACAGAGAGCGCCCACUGGUAUUAGGGAAACUGAAUACAGCAUCGAGUGUGGGUUUUAUCUUGGGUCCUAUGGUCGGUGGAUAUCUUACUGAGUUAGAAGGUGGAUUUUAUAUAACAUCCUUCAUCUGUUUCUCUAUCUUCAUUCUGAAUGCUGGUCUUGUCUGGAUAUUUCCAUGGAAUGACACAAACUUGAGUAGGAGGAAAAAUAACCUGCAAACCAGCAACAGACCUCCUUCACACCUCCUGAAAAAGACAAAAAACAAGUUGCAGGAGACUCCAGCAACUAAUGGUGCCAUCACACCUCAGGCAAUGACUUGGCAGCUGUGGAUUCAAAUUGUGUCUGUGUUAAGAGAUAUUAAGAAUGUGAUAUUUUCUGAAAUGUGGGACAUCUUUUCAGUGCGCUUCCUGAUGUCUCUGGCUGUCAUGCUGUACCACAGUAACUUUGUUCUGGCAAUCGAGGAGCGCUUUGGGAUGAAACCCAGGCUGACUGGGUAUAUUAUCAGCUACAGUAGUGCCCUGGGAGUGUUGGCGGGUUUUGUUCUAGGACCAGUAAUGAGACUCUAUAAACACAACACCUAUACCAUUCUGUUACACUCGAGUACCUUCACCUGUGUGCUAUUGCUGCUUUACUCCACAGCACUCAGCAUAUGGGUGGUCAUUUUCUGCUCCACUUUUUUAUCCUUUUCUACUGCUAUAGGCAGGAUCUGCAUCACAGAUCUUCAGCUAACUGUGGGCGGGACUCAGGCUAGCGGAACUCUUAUAGGCCUGGGCCAAUCCGUGACAGCUGUGGGUCGUAUCAUUGCCCCUCUCCUCUCAGGAGUCGUCCAAGAGUUCAGUCCCUGUGGUCCCCCAGGUUUAGGAGCAGCAUUAGCUUUAUUGGGUGUCCUCAUAAUGGUUUUAAACAAACCUCGUUACAGUAAUGAUCAAAAUGUUAAGCUGAAAAGCCAAUAGGACAAUUUCCAUUAAAAGAGAAGUUAAAUAUGUGGUGAAUGAGCCAGGGGCAAAUGCAAUAAUUAUUAAGGGCACUGUGACAGUAUCUCAUAGAAGAAUAACACACCUUUAAAGAAAAAGGUGCUGUGAAAACAAGGGAAGAGGAUCUGAUUUCCACAGAUACAGCUGCUCUAAAAUCAGAAGCCAAAACAGGAAUGUUGAUACUCAUGGUUCCGAGAAAGCAUUCACCAGAAGGAAGAUAGGUAUGAGAUGUGUACCUAAAAGUUUCAUCUGCUGGUUAUGCCAAUGGGGUUAACAUUUUUAAAGGAAAUAAGAUAGGAGCUGUUGAGCUUAGGAGCAUGUUGGUAGAAUGCAUACAAGCAGGGUACUUGGAAGAAUGGAAGUAGCUACUAGGACUUGCCCACUAAAUGAAAACAAAAUUGUACUUUCAGAAAAACAUUUAAAAUUGGGUGGAUAGCAAUGAUGUCCUUAUACCAUUGGGGUAUUUAUGCAGGUUGUCCCUUCCAUGUAGAUUUUAAAGAACUUGACAACUUCCGUUAACCAAUUUGUUAUCUUUUAAAUAGACUGACUUAUCCUUAUUUGAAUUUGGAGAUUUUCCUAAAAUUCUGUUUACACUAAGUGGUAUUUAGAAUUUUAUCAGCUCUUGCUGUUGAAAUGUGAAGGGUUAUAUAGAUUGUUUGAUCCUGUCCCGUAUGUGUUAGGUUUUAUCUUUACCCUUACUGCCAGAGGUUUCCCUCAGGACUUGACUAAAAGGGCUGAAGGUCAGCCAAGGUGAAUCUUACCUGAAAUUCUGUAUUCCUGUGUUGCAGCAUAACUUGGGGAAGAGAAUAUCACCUCAAGUAAGUUAAGGAAACUAUUAAUAACAAAGUAGUGUCAUCAAGUGAGAUGUCCCAUUUCACCUAUGUUAUUGAAUGGUAUAAAAGAACCUUAAGAUUAUUUUGAAAAUCUGCUUGUUACACAUGAUCCCCUUGUGUGGGAAAAUGACAACCUCUCCUAGCCCUAAUGUCUGUAUGGCAGAUUUAAAUUACACUUGUGUAUGUACUACUUAGGAGCCCAAGAUUGACCUUAAGACUGAGGUAUGCCAAGAGAUUGAUGCAGAUCAUAGUUGGCACUUGUACACAUUUAUAAAAUAUAUGUUCAAAUUCAUGGUUUGAAAAGUUCAAGAGAUACUCACUGUGACCUAUGGGAAACCACUUAACCCCAUUGAUGUCUGACAACUCUCUAAGAUUAUAAGUUGCAAUCAGUGCCUGUUUUCAUUGGGAGAUGGAGCUUCUUACACUGAUGAAAUCCCAGGCCUAGUUUAAAGAUAGAUAGAUGGAUAGAUACAUUUUUUCUACAACAGGCACUUCCCAACAAACAUCUUAAUAAACCCACCUAGAAAGUGCAUUUCCCCAAAACAAUUUGCUUAAGUACAGAAUUUCUUUUCAGAAAGGAGAUAAUACUCAUGAUGAAGAUGAAAAGAUAAUAUUUUGUAGGUUGGAAGUUUUUCCAUUUUCUUCUACUGUAAGGAUGCAGUUGAAUAAAUCACUUGUUAUUGAACUGAACAAGUUAAACUGUAAUAAUUAAAUUCCAUAAGUAUUUAUGAAGCACCUUCUAGAUACACAGGACUGUUUGGUUCUGUGGGAAAGAUAAAGACUGUUUUAGGUUACUUAUAGUCUUAAUGGGAGAAGAGAGCAUAGCAUCAUGGAUUUAAAACUGGAGGGAAUCUCAGGUGUCACUAGUCCAAAUCUAUCAUUUUUCAGAUGAGAAAACAGAGGACCAGAUGGGAAGCAAUGUAGUACAGUGGAGAGAAUGAACAAUUUAUAAUCAUAAGCCCUAAUUUUAAAUCCCAGCUCUGCCAAUUUACUCUCUAUAUGACUUAUUCUCUCUGGGCCUCACCUUUCUCAUCUGUAAAAUGAAAAAAUUAGACAAAAUGUAAGCUCCUAAGCUCCCUCCCAGUUCUGGAUUUACAAUUCUAAGAUCCAUAAGCAAGAGGACAGUUACAUACAGUAAAGGUUGGAGAGAUGAGAUGUGUGAUAGAAAGGUUAAGGGGAGAGGGCUGUGAAAUAGAAAUACUGAACACACUGUGUGUGGUUAUCUUCUUGCCCCAGACAAAUAAAAAUACAGCUCUUCCAAUGGGAAUUUCAAAUUUAGGCAUAUUUUUAUUCACAGCAAUUGAUUUUAGCCAUAUCUGAAGUCAGCAUCCUAUAAUAUUUAUGAUACUGUUAUGAUGCAUAAAGCAAAAUUAUAUCAUUAUUAAGAGUUAUAAAAUAGAUAAGAGCAGAGAGAUUCAGAGUUUGACUUUUGUUUAUGGAUAAAAAUAACUAGCAAUUAGAUAGCACUUUAAAGUUUGCAAAGCACUUUCCAUGCGUUAUCUCAUUUCAUACCUCAUCCUUUGAGGUAGGUGCUGCUAUACCCGUUUUACACAUAAGGAAAUAGGUUAAAUAACUUGCCCAGGUUCACACAGCUAACUAUGUUAGGCAGGAUUCAAAUUCAUGUGUUCUUGACUCCAAGACUAGCAUUCUUUGUUCUGCAGAUAAAGUGAAAUGUUCCUUCGGUACGCCACUGCAAUAUUUUUACUCUUUAAUUAAUAUGGAUUUUACAUGACUUUUAGAUGGAUGUUUUCUUAAGAUGUUUCUUACAUGGUAAUCCAUUAAGGACUUGGAGGGUUUGUGGUAUAUGUUCUCAGGGAGAUGCCAACUGAUGCUACCUAAUAUUAAAGUUUUUAUUGUUUUUUUUGUCCUGAAUGACUACAAGUUAAUAUUGACUUCUUAAGACACAAUAAACUAUUAAUGUGAAAAAGAA